AUGGACCAUAAAAAUGAUAGUGAUCCAACAUGUCCCUUUUGUCCAUUUUCUGAUCCGGGCAUCAGCCGUGUUGUAGAACAUGUGGAUGUUUACCACCCUGAAGUGGAUACCCAGGCUGGGCAUAGCAGACGGCCGGCAAAUGCACCCUCAACUGGAACGGGAGAAUGUUCUGGGGAUUAUACCGAGUGUCCACACGGCUGUGGGGAAAUAGUACUCAACACCGAACUCUCCGCCCACCUCGACUUGCAUUUUGCGGAAACAGUUGCCCUUGAUGAAAUAUCUUCAUGCCAGCCGGAAUUGCCUGUUGACAUGGAGAGUGCGGUGUCAAGCCAUGAUGCAGAGAGACAGGAAUGGUUGGAAGGGGGCACUCCCGGGCUGCUACCCAGCGAAGAUAGAACGCUCUCAUCAUGGUCAUUGAUUGGUGGCACGAAAACACCGCACAAUGGGAGAGCUAAGCGGCUUGGUGUACGAAAAUCUUCAUUUAUCCUUUAUCCAUCAUAG